GGCAAAACCCUAUUGCAAUUGCAUCGUACCCUAUUGCAUUUGUGGUAAUUACUUUGCAAUUGCAUCGUCCCUAUUGCAUUUGUGAUAAUUACUUUGUAAAUUUGAAAUCGCUGGACUUGGAUUCGUGUGAUUGUGCUUGAUGGGUUGUCAAAUGUUGUAGCUUUGUUCUGUGCAAUAGGGUUUUUGAGUGUGGAUUAGUAUUGGGUUUGCUGGGUUUUGUAGGACUUGGGUGUUUGAGUUCAGAGGCUGUGUGGUUCUGGGUCUUUACGUUUUGCUUGAUUGGUUGUGAGGAUUUUGUGUAUUUUGAAGUUGGAUGCUUUUGGAGUAUUGAUUGAAAUUGUGGGUGUGUGUGAUUGUAUAUUGAUUAGAUAUGAGUCGUAGGGUGAGAAGGAAGGUGGGUAGGAAAGGGAAGGAGAAGGUGGUGUUGCCGACUUAUCCUGAGAUUGAGGAAGAAGUUUCGGGUUCUGUGUAUAAUGGGUUUGUUGAUUGGACUGGUUUGCCUGAUGACACUGUGAUUCAGUUGUUUUCGUGUCUGAAUGAUCGCGACCGGGCAAGUUUAGCAUCUACUUGCAAGACUUGGAGGGUUCUUGGGAUUUCUCCUUGUUUGUGGACCUCUUUGGAUCUUCGCGCGCACAAAUGUAAUGAUGCAAUGGCAACUUCACUUGCUUCGAGGUGUGUGAAUCUUAAGAAGCUUAGGUUUCGUGGGGCAGAAUCCGCCGAUGCUAUACUGCAUCUUCAGGCAAGGGAUUUACGUGAGAUAAGUGGUGAUUAUUGCAGGAAAAUAACUGAUGCAACUCUUUCUGUGAUUGUCGCACGACACGAGGCACUUGAAAGCCUGCAGCUUGGGCCAGAUUUCUGUGAAAGGAUCAGCAGUGAUGCUAUAAAAGCCAUAGCUUUUUGCUGUCCUAAAUUGAAGAAGCUUCGACUAUCUGGAAUUAGGGAUGUUCAUGCUGAUGCUAUUAAUGCUCUAACUAAGCAUUGCCCAAAUUUGACUGAUAUUGGGUUCAUAGACUGUCUGAACGUUGAUGAGAUGGCAUUGGGAAAUGUUGUGUCAGUUCGGUUCCUCUCUGUCGCAGGGACAUCAAAUAUGAAAUGGGGUGUGGUUUCACAUCUUUGGCAUAAGCUGCCUAACUUGACUGGUCUAGAUGUUUCAAGAACUGAUAUUAGUUCUGCUGCUGUUUCGCGAUUGUUGUCAUCAUCACAGAGCCUGAAGGUUUUAUGUGCCUUGAAUUGUCCUGAGCUUGAAGGAGGCACCAACUUUGCUCCCCGUAAAUAUAAAAGUAAAUUGUUACUCGCCCUUUUUACAGAUAUUUUGAAAGAACUAGCUUUAUUAUUUGUCGAUAUUACAAAAAAAGGGAAGAAUGUGUUUUUGGAUUGGAGGAAUUCAGUGAACAAGGAUAAGAACUUGGAUGACAUUAUGACUUGGCUUGAGUGGAUUCUGUCUCAUACUCUUUUGCGCAUUGCUGAGAGCAAUCAGCAAGGUUUGGAUGCUUUUUGGCUCAAACAAGGUGCAACAUUGUUGCUCAAUUUAAUGCAGAGCUCACAAGAGGAUGUCCAGGAAAGGGCAGCUACUGGACUUGCAACUUUUGUUGUUAUUGAUGAUGAGAAUGCUAGCAUAGACUGCGGGAGGGCCGAAGCUGUUAUGCGAGAUGGUGGAAUACGCCUUCUCCUAAACCUAGCAAGAUCUUGGCGAGAAGGACUUCAGUCAGAGGCUGCAAAGGCUAUAGCAAAUUUGUCUGUGAAUGGUCAAGUUGCAAAAGCUGUUGCUGAAGAAGGAGGAAUCGAUAUUCUGGCUGGUUUGGCUAGGUCUAUGAAUAGGCUUGUUGCUGAAGAGGCUGCUGGAGGACUAUGGAAUCUAUCUGUUGGAGAAGAACACAAGGGUGCCAUCGCUGAAGCUGGUGGUGUAAAAGCUUUAGUUGAUCUUAUAUUCAAGUGGUCCUCUGGUGGUGAUGGAGUUCUGGAACGUGCAGCUGGUGCACUGGCGAACUUGGCUGCCGAUGACAAGUGUAGCACAGAGGUUGCAGUGGCAGGUGGUGUGCAUGCUUUAGUGAUGCUUGCUCGUAACUGCAAAUUUGAGGGAGUGCAAGAGCAGGCUGCCCGUGCUUUGGCUAAUUUAGCUGCUCAUGGAGAUAGUAAUAGUAAUAAUGCUGCAGUGGGACAAGAGGCUGGUGCUCUUGAAGCACUUGUUCAGCUUACGCAAUCUCCUCAUGAAGGAGUCAGGCAAGAGGCAGCUGGCGCAUUGUGGAAUCUGUCAUUUGAUGACAGAAAUCGAGAAGCAAUUGCUGCAGCGGGUGGUGUUGAGGCCUUGGUUGCUCUUGCGCAAGGCUGCUCAAAUGCCUCCCCAGGUCUUCAAGAAAGGGCUGCUGGUGCUCUUUGGGGAUUGUCUGUCUCUGAAGCCAACAGUAUUGCCAUUGGACGAGAAGGAGGUGUUGUGCCUUUGAUUGCUUUGGCACGCUCUGAAGCUGCAGAUGUCCAUGAAACAGCUGCAGGUGCUCUAUGGAAUCUUGCUUUUAACCCUGGUAAUGCUCUCCGUAUAGUUGAGGAAGGUGGUGUUCCUGCACUUGUUCAUCUUUGUUCUUCGUCGGUGUCAAAAAUGGCUCGCUUCAUGGCUGCAUUGGCGUUGGCGUACAUGUUUGAUGGAAGAAUGGAUGAAUACGCCUUGGUAGGUAUUUCUUCGGAAAGCAUAUCAAAGGGUGUGAGCUUAGAUGGGGCUAGAAGGAUGGCUCUGAAGCACAUUGAGACAUUCGUCCUCACAUUUUCUGAUCCACAGACAUUUUCUGCUGCUGCUGCAUCAUUAGCGCUGGCAGCAUUGGCACAAGUUACAGAAGGAGCUCGAAUUCAAGAAGCAGGACAUCUCAGAUGCAGUGGGGCUGAAAUUGGAAGAUUUGUUACUAUGCUACGAAAUCCAUCAUCUGUCCUCAAGUCAUGUGCUGCAUUUGCUCUUCUCCAGUUUACCAUUCCUGGUGGCCGGCAUGCUAUGCACCAUGCAAGCCUUAUGCAAAAUGGAGGAGCAGCACGGGUUCUGCGGGCUGCAGCUGCUGCAGCAACUGCACCUCUUGAAGCCAAAAUUUUUGCGAAAAUCGUUCUUCGCAAUCUUGAGCAUCACCACAUGGAACCAUCACUAUAGAUCAUCUGUCUGCAUAAUAUCUCUGUUUAGGGUGGUCAGUGAUGGAGGCUGAAUUCAUGCCUUAGUUCAGAGCUCCUCGAAAGCAGUUCAUUGCAGCAUGAGGACACAUGCUGCUCUCUGUAAUCUUCAUGUAAAAGAACUAAACCUUGCCCCGUAACAAAUCCGCUCGGUUUCAUUUCUUAUUGUCCACAAUUUGUUAGGCAUAAAGAUGGUUGAUUUAGGUUCAAGUAACCUUCCCCCUUUGUACCAUCCACAAAGAAAAUAGGUUCUUGAGAUGGGGGUUUAAUCUAAGAGCUUGUACCGUAAACCAUUUUUGUCUUUUGUUUGUAUUCAUUGUAUGUUUCCUUCUCAAAAAAAUUGUACGAUUUCUCUCCGAUGAUAUGAAAAAGCUGUUUGAGACAUAUAGCCAAUAUUUUGGUGAAAAA